AAGAUGGGAUGCGAAUGCAACUAAAAAUCGAAUGGAAGAAGACGGGGAGGAGGAUGCGUCGUCGUCGUUGCCGUCGCCGUCGCGGAGGGUGGCGGGGAGACGUAUAAGCAAGUUUCGGAAGGAGUCACGGAAGAAGUUACAGUAUUACUUGGAUCAGUGGGCCCCGCACGCGGGGCAAAGAUGGAUAGCGACACUCUUUGCUGCUGGGAUCUACGUCCUCAGGGUCUACUAUGUUCGAGGCUUCUACAUCAUCUCAUACGGCCUCAGCACCUACAUUCUCAACCUCCUCAUCGGUUUCCUUUCUCCCCAACUUGAUCCCCAGAUCGAUGUUUUGGAACCCAACGACGAUCCUCAUCAUCACCAUCAUCAUCAUCAUCAUCAUGAUGAGUUCAAGCCUUUCGUUCGUCGCCUACCCGAGUUUAAGUUCUGGUUUUCAAUCACAAAGGCAGUGUGUUAUGCCUUCCUGAUGACAUUCAUAUCUGUGCUUGAUGUCCCUGUUUUCUGGCCCAUACUCCUCUGCUAUUGGAUUGUUCUCUUCAUUCUCACAAUGAAGCGCCAAAUCAUGCACAUGAUCAAAUACAAAUAUGUUCCAUUCAACCUUCAUAAGAAGAGGUACAACAACACCAGAAAAAAGAGUGGAAUUUCCUGCAAGCCAUAA